UCCCCUCCUAUGUGGAGGAGGAGGAAGAGGGGGCGGGGGCUCGGGGCGUGUCCCUUACACCUGACGGGGACAGUUUCCUUUCUGCGAACAGCUCUACUGGAGCAGAGGAAGAGAGGAGGCUGACAGACUACGCGCUCGGGGCAUGGGGACCCCAUGGGCGCCUUGGCCACUCGUCUGGGUUGUGCUGCAGCUGGGCUGUAGGCCAGGGUGGCUCCUAGGCACCCCUAACAGGCCCUGGGGCCCCCUGGCCUUCAACCCAUCCAAUCUCACGGUGGCUGAGGGGGAGACGGCCACCUUCACCUGCAGCUUCUCCAACACGUCCAACAACUUUGUGCUCAACUGGUAUCGCAUGAGCCUCAGAAACCAGAUGGAGAAGCUGGCCGCCUUCCCUGAGGACAGCAGCCAACCCGAUCGGGACCGGCGCUUCCGCAUCACACAGUUGCCCAACGGGCGAGAUUUCACAAUGAGCAUCCUUGCUGCCCGGCAAAAUGACAGCGGCACGUACCUCUGUGGGGCCAUCCACCUGUUCCCCAAAACGCAGAUCAAUGAAAGCCCCUGCGCCAACCUCACCGUGACAGAGACAAUCCUGGAGCCAACCACUGAGGGCCCCAGCUCCCCGCCCAGGCCCACGGGCCAACUACAGGGCCUGGUCAUCGGUGUCACAAGCGUCCUGGUGGGUGUGCUGCUGCUGCUGCUGCUGACCUGCGUCCUGGCCACCGCCUUCCCCAGGGCCAUGCGAGGAGCAUGUGCCCGUGGGAGCCAAGACCAGCCUCUGAAGCAGGGCCCCUCCCCUGGGCCUGUGUUCUCCGUGUACUAUGAGGAACUGGACUUCCAGUGGCGGGAGAAGACCCCAGAGCCCUCUGCCCCCUGUGUUCCUGAACAGACGGAGUACGCCACCAUCGUCUUCCCAGGCAGGCCAGCCUCCCCCAGUCGCAGGGCCUCCGCUGAUAGCCCGCAGAGUUCCUGGCCUGUGAAGCCUGAGGACGGACACUGUUCUUGGCCCCUCUGACAGCUUUCUCACAGGCCGGUGGCCUUGAGACCCUCUGCCCAGAGCUGGGGUCAUGCCUUCCCUGGAGGAACACACAGUUGGGAGAAUUUGGGAGCCACCAGGGCUGAGCUGUGUUGGAGUGACAGCCCUGUGCUAAGCCAGCCCUGCCUGGCUCUCCUCUCAAUGCUCACCGGGACCUGGCCAGAGGAGGGACCACUGUCCCACGUGGGCGAAGAGAGGAGACCGCUUAGGACUCUAGGCCCAGACUGGACUGAGCUACCUCUCCCUCCUGAACUGCUGCUCUGAGCGUCCUCCGUGCCCUUCCUGAGGGUAUCAGGGGGCUUUAGUGUCACUGGGGCCCCUGCUGCCUCCGAGGGAGACGGGUGCUUGAACAUGGGAGCACAGGGUCCUGCUUGGGGACUCUGCCUUGGAGUGGCCAGUGAAGUGCCCAUAAUGAGGAGAUGCAGUGCACACUCCGAGAAGCACACAGGGGAGAGCAGGGAUCCCCCUGGCUGGUGGGCGGGGCAGUGCUCCAGAGUUGCCUUGUCCUUGGCACACAUUCAUGGUGCUAUUUAAAGGGACCUCGGGGGCCUCCACCUGGGCUGCUGGGUGAGUGCAAGUGUCCUUUCGCUGGGUACCCUGGGCUAGGCCUGCCACUCCUCACUGAAGGGCAGCUGUCGAACCAGGGCAGCCAGUGGGCACAGGGCCUGGGGACUUAGAAACACAUGUCCCUCGUGGGCUCCACAGACACUUGAGAGGCCCUUUCCUGUCCUAUUAUAUUAUAAUUAAAUAAUG